AUGAGUGAAGAAAAAAGCUUUGGUGUAUCCCAGAAAAUGCUGUCUCCUUCAAGAAGUACUAGCAGCUGCUCCUCCAAGCAGGGAAGUCGGCAGGACAGCUGGGAAAUUGUAGAAGGACUUCGGGGAGCAAUGAAUUGUACCCAGGAGCCACAGAAGCAGGAGGGCUACUUGCUGAAAAAGAGGAAAUGGCCUUUGAAGGGCUGGCACAAGAGAUACUUCUUUUUGGACAGAGGGAUUUUGAAGUAUUCGAAAUGCCAAGCUGAUAUAGAGAGAGGGAAGCUUCAUGGCUGUAUUGAUGUUGGACUUUCUGUCAUGUCUGUAAAGAAAUCAACAAAAUGUAUAGAUUUGGAUACAGAAGAGCAGAUAUACCACCUGAAGGUGAAAUCUCAGGAGCUGUUCGAUGAAUGGGUAGCAAAACUUCGUCAUCACAGAAUGUACCGUCAGAAUGAAAUCUCCAUGUUUCCUCAUGAUGUCAAUCUUUUCUUCCCUGGGUCUACUACUGCAGACUCUGUCCCUGGUUUCUGUGAUUCUGCUCUGGGUAGAAAGGCAGGCAGCUUGACCAAACAGAGUUCAUUGUCAGCUGGAGGUAACUUGUCAUUUUCCUUUUCGAGUAAUGAAUCCAGAAUUUCAUCUUGGCUACAGUCUUCUGAAGACAUGGAAAAAUGCUCAAGAGACCUCUCCAACUGUCACGCACAUUUACUGGAAAUGAACCAGCUGUUACAGAGCAUGGAUGUUCUUCACAGGACAUAUUCAGCACCUGCUAUAAAUGCUAUGCAGGUUGGACCUUUUGAAAGCCCAAAGAAGGAAAAGAGAACACACAGGAGGUGGCGAUCCAGAGUUGUUGGGAAAGAGGCUAAAGGAAUGUUACAGGUGCCUUCAGUAUUUUCUGCCCCUAUGAGACUGCAUGCUUCCAAUCCGAAUUUAUCUACAAUAGAUUUUGUAGAGGAGAAAAAUUACUCCGAUGGCUCUGAAACAUCAUCAGACUUUACUAAAAUGCAAGAGGACUUAUUUCACAUUGCACAUAAAGUUUACUUCACCUUGAGGUCAGCUUUCAGCACCAUAUCUACAGAGAAAGAAAAGCUGAAGCAGAUGCUGGAGCAUGAUGCAUCCUCAUCUCCAUCUGCACAAAUAGUUGGCUUGAAGAAUGCCCUGACAUCCGCAAUAGCACAAAACACAGACCUUAAAGACCGGUUACGCAGAAUACAUGCCGAAUCUAUGAUCCUUGAUUCAGCAUCUAAUGCAAAAUCAAGUCCAGAUUUGGUGAAGGAAAAUUCAAGAGAAGAAAGCAGAAGUCUGGUUCACCAGAUGUCCAAUGAAAGCAGACUGUCUAUAGCAGACUCUCUCACAGAAUUUUUUGAUGCACAGGAAGUCCUACUGUCUGCUAGCUCUUCGGAAAAUGAGGUAUCAGAUGAUGACUCAUAUGUAAGUGAUAUCAGUGAUAAUGCCUCAGAAGAUAACCUAAGCAAUGACAUGGAGAAUGAAAGACAAACUUUAGACUGUAUUUCGGAAAGUGGAAUUGGAUGCAAUUCAAAACGGAGAACAUGUUUACCAGCUCCAUGUCCUAAUACAAGUAACAUCAGCCUGUGGAAUAUCCUGAGAAAUAACAUAGGAAAGGAUCUCUCCAAAGUGGCCAUGCCUGUUGAAUUAAAUGAGCCACUUAACACCCUUCAGCGUCUCUGUGAGGAGCUAGAGUACAGCGAACUACUAGAUAAAGCAGCACAUACGCCUAACUCAUUUGAACGGAUGGUGUAUAUAGCUGCAUUUGCAGUCUCUGCUUAUGCAUCCAGUUACUACCGAGCUGGAAGUAAGCCAUUUAAUCCUGUGCUUGGAGAAACCUAUGAAUGUAUUCGUGAAGAUAAGGGUUUCCAGUUCUUUGCAGAACAGGUCAGUCACCAUCCACCUAUUUCUGCAUGCCAUGCUGAAUCUGUGAAUUUUGCUUUUUGGCAAGAUGUAAGAUGGAAAAACAAAUUCUGGGGAAAGUCCAUGGAAAUUGUUCCAGUUGGUACAACACAUGUAACUCUCCCGGCUUUUAAAGACCAUUUUGCGUGGAACAAGGUGACAUCUUGCAUCCAUAACAUCUUAAGUGGGCAAAGAUGGAUUGAACACUACGGAGAAAUCAUCAUCAAAAAUCUUAAUGAUGACACUUGCCACUGCAAACUGACUUUCAUAAAGGCAAAGUACUGGAAUCCAAAUGCACAUGAGAUUGAAGGUGGUGUCAUGGAUAAAUCUGGGAACGUUGUGCAUCGACUCUUUGGGAAGUGGCAUGAGAGUUUAUACUGUGGGACAACUUCAUCUUCAAACUGCAUAUGGAGAGCAAAUCCAAUGCCAAAAGAUUAUGAACAGUGGUAUGGAUUCACUCAAUUUGCACUGGAGUUAAAUGAACUGGAUCUACAAACAAGGUCACUGCUCCCAUCCACUGAUACACGUUUUAGGCCAGACCAAAGGUUUCUAGAAGAAGGGAAUAUUGAAGGAGCUGAAAUGCAAAAGCAGAGAAUUGAGCAGCUACAAAGAGAACGAAGGAAGGUGCUGGAAGAAAACAAUCUAGAGCAUCAGCCUAGAUUUUUCAGGAAAUCUAGUGAUGACUCCUGGGUGAGCAAUGGAACCUACAUGGACCUUAGAAAAGAACCUGGAUUUUCCAAACUGGACAAUCCUGUCCUCUGGUGA